AUGAGUAUGAACAAGUCACCAAAAGGAUUGAUCAGCGUAGAGAACGCCAGCAUUUACGGUUUGAAUUAUGCUUCCCGUGGUUGUCCGAUAGCUUUAAAAGUCCUCUCAACACCCACAGCUGACCUAAUUAGCGGUACCCUCUGCAUUGACUUGAAGGAUUUCUUCAAAAUUGAUGCAAUCUUCAAAAUCUCCACCUUUUUCUAUGACUCGGAUCCAAAUCCCGCUACUCUACAACUAUUCGACUUCAUAGUGCGUCUCAAUGUUACUCUGACUCUGCCCAAAAUUUAUCAGGAAGAGUCAGGAGCUCUGCUUAAAUUAGACGGUACUCCAACAGUGGAAAUGAGUAGCUUAAAGUUUAUACCACCACCAAAUGCUGAUACACAUGAUACCUUCAACUUUAUCACGGAUUUAGUAGGCACCCUUUCUGCUGGGCCAAUUGGUGGCUACAUUGAGAUGAGAAUGGCAGAAGCUGUCCAGAAGGCCCUCGGACAAAUAAAUAAGUCAAUGCAGAAAAGUGUGGCAAAAUUUGUGAAUCCAAGUGGAUCAUAA